AUUUGUGUUAAAAUGAUUGAAAACGAAUUAAAUACGGUGGUUUAUCCACCGAAUAAAUCGCUGCAACGGAAAGUCGAACUUUCGACAACACCGGUCGUUUACAAACACUUACUUUUCCUAGAAUUUAAUGAAAAAGACGAGUCAGUUCUGGGGUGUUCGAACUUAAACGGGACUCUUUGGGAAGGCACUUUGCUAUUUUUCUCAAAUGAGGAGAAUUUGUUGCUUCUGAAACACAACAGAAGCUUGAUUGGGUCCACGGUUUCAGACGGGAAAUUUUUAAACGACAGUACUUUUGCGUUAGCUGAAGAUACGGGUCUUUUAAAUAUUCUCACAAUAUCACGUGAAAACCAAACCAUACAAUCGGCAGGUUAUUAUAGGGAAAUAGAUCGCAUUCCGAAAAUCGCAGUUUGGAAGAACAGCACACGGAUACUCACCUGCUCGAAUAAAGCGGUGACCAUUUGGGACAUUAAUAGCACUAUCCGUAAACCACUAAAUCACUUUCCCGAUUAUCACACGGAACUUGUAAACUAUGUUGAUACACUUAAGUCGGAACCAAACGUCUUUGUCACAGCUUCAAUGGACCGGAAGUGCUGUAUUUGGGACGACCGUAAUCCGUGCCCUGCCUCAGUUUUGUACAACAACGAGUUUUGCUCUCUAACCAGCGUUGCAUGCAACCAACACAACACGAAUUACGUUGUUGUGGGCACAGAAGGCGGCGACAUUUACCUUCUGGAUAAACGCGAACCGAAAGACUUUAUUUCAGUUGCUAGUUGCAACUGCUACAUCUACAGACUGGCUUUUGAUGAUUACAAUAAACUGGCAGUGUGUGGCGACAAUAACAAAGUUCUAGUAUUUAAAUGUGAGGACGAAAUCUUAAACAGUGCUUACUGUAACGAUAAACACUGCGGAAUCGUGCGAGGAUUAGCUUGGCAUAAGGAAACUUUAUACUCUUGUGGUUUCGACAAACAAGUCGUCAAACAUUUAUUUUAAUAAAAACCGUUUUUUAAAAUAA